AUGGUUGUAACAAGCCUUACAGAGGAACUUAAAAAACUGGCCAAGCAGGGUUGGUACUGGGGACCUAUAACUCGAUGGGAGGCCGAGGAGAAGCUCAUCAACCUUCCAGAUGGCUCUUUUUAUGAUUCUUUCCAAAGCAGCGGACCCAUGGUUGUAACAAGCCUUACAGAGGAACUUAAAAAACUGGCCAAGCAGGGUUGGUACUGGGGACCUAUAACUCGAUGGGAGGCUGAGGAGAAGCUCAUCAACCUUCCAGACGGCUCUUUUUUGGUGAGGGACAGUUCAGACGAUCGCUAUCUCCUCAGCCUGAGCUUUCGGUCACAGGGAAAGACGCUUCACACCAGGAUCGAACACUCGAACGGCAGAUUCAGCUUUUACGAGCAGCCCGACGUAGAAGGUCACACUUCCAUCGUAGAUCUCAUCGAGCACUCUAUAAAAGACUCUGAAAACGGCGCGUUCUGUUACUCCAGAUCCCGUCUGCCGGGGUCUGCCAUGUACCCCGUUCGGCUGACCAAUCCCGUGUCGCGGUUCAUGCAAGUGCGUUCGCUGCAAUAUCUUUGCCGCUUUGUCAUCCGACAGUACACGCGGAUAGAUUUGAUUCAGAAACUGCCUUUACCAAACAAAAUGAAAGAUUAUUUGCAGGAGAAGCACUACUGAACAGACUGUAGUGGGAUAUGGUAAUAAAUUGCACUUUUUGUUGAGUGGCGCGUUCUUAAAACAGUUUACAUAUAUGGAGGUCAGGUGAUCAGUUACGUAGGUUGAUCCGAUCUCCCCACAGAAAUAUGCGGUAAAUUUGUUGUUGCUCAGAUUCAGUGUUUUACAUUUUGCAGGUCUUUUCAGAGCAACGUGGUAAGUCCAGAAACUAUUUAGUAUUGGGAUGCCAUGCCUAAUACACAUAUUCGUAUUGAUUAUAUGAAUGUUUUGCAGUAAUGCUAAUACAAAGCUUGGAUUUGAAGAUUGGAUGUUGCAAUAAUGUGCUUCAUUCAUCAAUAGUUUUGCUGUAGUGUAAAGGCCCUUUCACACGGUACGCGGCAGUCGCUAGUGUCUAGUUCAUUCUCAAUGGGAGACAUGCGGAAAGCGGCAAAACGCUGGCGGUUUCGCUAGCAGCGCGGAGGCGGAGCGCAAGCGGUGCUCGUGCACCCAAAAUCCUGCCGCUUCCAUGGGCACGGCGAUUCGUGGCAGGCGCCGCCAAAGAUAAAAAUAUUUUAUCUUUUUGUGAGCGGCAGCCGCGUUGGUUUCAACCAAUCAGUGUACAGAUUACUAAUAACCAAUCAUAGAACAUUUAACUGAACUGCCUAUUGGAAAAAUAGAGGAGAAGAUUGUUUUAAGUGUAAUAGAUUUGCCAGAACUGUGUGAUCCAUCUAAAAUCUUAUACAGAGACAUAAAUAAAAUUAUAUUUCAUUCAAAUUUUUACUUCAAUAGUGACCUCACAGGUACGCUCUUUAAGCAAUUCAUCAAAAACAACUUCACUUGUGCCAAACGAAAAAAGGUAAAUAAUGACAACAAUUAAUGGCAGAAUGACACAAACACAAGUUUCCGUCAUGUUUUACUUAGUUUUUAGUAAAUACAAAGGUGAUGUUGACAAUUGUAACUAUGGCAACGUCCGCUCUGAGACCGCAACGUGACCACCGCCUCAACUGCACAAAACGCUUCCACUACAAGAGAAAGCGGCAGCUGCGCGACGAUUCCACCGCUUGCCGCGUUCUGUGUGAAAGGGCCUUAAAGGUGUGGUCACAUUGGUGAAAUUUCAGCAAAAUUUCGUGAACAAAAGGUUAUUUUCAAUAGUGUAGCGAUGUAUGAAGCACAGCUAUUAGAAGUCACUUUCAAACCAAGCAGUUUUCUGUUGGUCAGUGUGGCGAAUAUGUUGUGAAAUCUGUGUGAGGAAAUCUUUCGCAACUUGUGUGAAAUUCCCAAUCAUGUGGAUUCCUAUUGAAAUGACUGGAUUUUCGCCCAAGAAAAUUUGCCCAACAAUGAUGCAUGUGAUCGCACCUUUACAAGAAAUGUGCUUUUCUCUGGAAAUAUGAUGUCAGCCGCGUUUUUGGCAGGUUUUCAUAGUUUUCCUUCUACAAAUCGGUACUUUUAAUGAAAGUUGCGAAUAUGCUUUUGUUUUGGUGGAAUACAGUUAUCAUGUCGAAUGCUUUAAAGUUCGACAGACAACUUUUGUGAGAGAAUAAGUAUUUAUUUAGGAUUAAUGCUUUACAUUUAUUAGAGGUUAACAGUAAAACAUUUAUUCGUCCGUUGGACUUUUGUAGAUCUGUGCAACAGCAAAUUCGCCACAAAAUAGGACUGUGAAUCAUAUCCAAAACAAAUGUUAUAGAAUAAUAUUUGCAGAAUGCCACAAAUCUGUGAUGUUAUACAAAAAGGGAGCAGGUAGGGAACAAAAGAGGUUUUGUUUUUUAUUUAUUUUGUAGAGUGUGGUUCAUACAGUAUUCUGUUCUGUCUAAAUCAUUUUUGGCUCAUGUACAUUAAGCAAAGGUUUAUUAUGGUUCAUGAACAUCUUAUUUGUUUUGUUAAACAUAAUUUUAAGUAUUUUCAUAUUCUAGUGCUGGAAUUAUUGGAAUUGGUGACAACCUACCCAAACCUAAAAGCACAGUUUUAUAGAGACAUUUCGCUUGUUUAUACUUGAACCUAGGGCUGGACAAUAAUUCAAUAUUUUUUUAAAUGACGGUGAUAUGAUUUUUAAAC